UAAUAUACCAACAAACCCUGGACGAUCCAGUCCCCCAGCCAAUCGAAAAAUCUCCCCGUCAGAUUCCCGGGUGAGAUUAUCAGCGCCAGACCAUCUCUCAGAUCAGAUCCCUUGAGAGUCUUCUCUCUUUUUGUGUUCUGAAACUGUCGAUUUCAAUUCAAUUCAAUUCCUCGAUCUCGACGACAAUGGCUCCUCCAGCUCAAUCUCAUCGCUCUCCUUCACCUUCUCAACCCUCCGGAAAAGGGGAGGUUUCGGAUCUCAAAAUGCAGCUCCGGCAGCUCGCGGGCAGCCGGGCUCCCGGGACUGAUGACUCCAAGAGAGAGCUUUUCAAGAAGGUGAUCUCUUACAUGACCAUCGGGAUCGACGUUUCGUCGCUUUUUAGUGAGAUGGUCAUGUGUUCGGCUACUUCGGACAUUGUUCUUAAGAAAAUGUGUUAUUUGUAUGUGGGAAAUUAUGCAAAGUGCAAUCCCGAUCUUUCGCUGCUUACCAUUAAUUUUCUUCAGAGGGAUUGUAAGGAUGAGGAUCCGAUGAUCCGGGGCCUGGCUUUGAGGAGUUUGUGUUCGUUGCGAGUGGCCAAUUUGGUGGAGUAUUUGGUUGGGCCGUUGGGAUUGGGGUUGAAAGAUGGGAAUAGUUAUGUGAGGACUGUGGCGGCCAUUGGGGUUUUGAAGUUGUAUCAUAUAUCAGCUGCGACUUGCAUUGAUGCGGAUUUUCCGGCAAUGCUUAAGCACUUGAUGCUUAAUGAUCCCGAUACUCAGGUAGUUGCAAACAGUUUAUCUGCUCUACAAGAAAUCUGGAGUUUGGAAGCAAGUCAGUCUGAGGAAGCAUCAAGGGAGAGAGAAGCAUUACUUAGCAAGCCAAUGGUAUAUUACUUUCUGAACAGAAUCAAGGAGUUCACCGAAUGGGCCCAAUGUCUCGUCCUUGAAUUGGUUUCCAAAUAUGUACCUGCAGAUACCAAUGAGAUAUUUGACAUGAUGAAUCUUCUCGAAGACAGACUUCAACAUGCAAAUGGUGCAGUUGUCUUAGCAACCAUUAAGUUGUUUCUGCAGUUGACGUUGUCCAUGACUGAUGUUCAUCAACAGGUUUAUGAGCGUAUCAAAGCACCUUUGCUUACCUUAGUGAGCUCAGGGAGUCCAGAGCAAUCUUAUGCAGUACUGGGCCACUUGCAUCUUCUCGUGAUGCGUGCACCUAUGUUAUUUUCUUCAGACUACAAACACUUCUAUUGCCAAUACAAUGAUCCAUUUUAUGUUAAGAAAUUGAAGCUUGACAUGUUGACUGCGGUGGCCAAUGAGAGCAAUACUUAUGAAAUUGUGACAGAAUUAUGUGAAUAUGCUGCAAAUGUUGAUAUUCCCAUUGCAAGAGAGUCAAUUCGAGCUGUUGGGAAAAUAGCUCUGCAGCAGUAUGAUGUGAAUGCUAUUGUAGACAGACUGCUUCAGUUUCUGGAGAUGGAAAAGGACUAUGUGACAGCUGAAACUCUGGUGCUUGUAAAAGAUCUUCUCAGGAAAUAUCCUCAAUGGAGCCACGAUUGUAUUGCAGUUGUUGGGAAUAUCAGCAGCAAAAAUGUUCAAGAACCAAAAGCUAAGGCAGCUCUUAUUUGGAUGUUGGGAGAGUAUUGUCAAGACAUGCAGGAUGCUCCUUAUGUCUUGGAAAGUCUAAUUGACAGCUGGGAUGAUGAGCAUUCUGCUGAGGUUCGUUUGCAUCUUCUUACAGCCGUAAUGAAGUGUUUCUUGAGAAGGCCACCUGAGACUCAGAAAGCCUUGGGAGUUGCUUUGGCUGCUGGUCUUGCUGAUUUUCAUCAGGAUGUUCAUGAUAGAGCCUUAUUCUACUACAGACUUUUGCAAUAUAAUGUUUCUGUAGCAGAAAAUGUGGUGAAUCCUCCGAAGCAAGCCGUUUCUGUCUUUGCAGAUACUCAGAGUAGUGAAAUCAAAGAUCGGAUAUUUGAUGAAUUCAACAGUCUAUCCGUUAUAUACCAGAAGCCUUCCUACAUGUUUACUGAUAAGGAGCACCGAGGCCCAUUUGCUUUUUCAGAAGAACUAGGAAAUCUAUCCAUUGGAGUUGAAUCUGUCAGUAAUGUAGUGUCUGCCCAGAUGGUCGAGGCAAAUGACAACGAUCUCCUUCUAAGUACUUCAGAGAAGGAAGAAAGUAGAGUUCCCAGUAGCAAUGGUUCUGCAUAUAGUGCUCCUUCAUAUGAUGCCUCUACAAAUCAACCAUUACCAGCACAUUCUGAGCAAGCCAGCUUGGCCAUUGAUGAUCUCCUCGGUCUAGGAUUGGCAAUUGCACCUAAUCCUGCUCCUUCACCACCACCUUUGAAGCUUAAUGCAAGAUCUGUUCUAGAUCCAAGCACUUUUCAGCAGAAAUGGCGCCAACUACCAAUAUCAGUAUCACAGGAAUACAAUAUAAAUCCACAAGGAGUGGCAGCAUUGACAACCCCUCAAGCCCUCCUCCAGCACAUGCAAGGACAGUCCAUCCACUGCAUUGCCUCAGGUGGUCAAGCCCCAAAUUUCAAAUUCUUCUUCUUUGCACAAAAAGCAGAGGACUCGUCUACCUUUCUUGUAGAGUGCGUAAUCAACUCGUCAUCAUGUAAAGCUCAACUAAAGAUCAAAGCUGAUGAUCAGACUACGUCUCCGGCCUUCUCAGCUUUGUUCCAAUCAGCUUUGUCCACAUUUGGUAUGCCCUAGUCUUUCGUCCGUGUCUUCAUCACUACACAGAUAAGUUUUGAUUUAAUUCCCGUUAUCUAAUGAAAAAAUGAGAGUUUUUUCUACAGCAUUAGAUUAGUGUACAUUAUGAGAGAAGAUCAAGGAUUGUCGUUCUUGGCCUGUGGUUGGUUGAUAUCCGACCCUAACUAAAGUUACAGCUUGUUUGAUUGCAGAAAACCAUAGUUAUUUUUUUUCCAGUUAGGUUCUGCACCAUGAAAUUGUGUGAAAGUGAUAUAGUUAAUAUUUUUUCAGUUAGGCACCUUGAACUUGUGUGAAAGUGAUAUGUGAUUAGAAUUCCCAACUGGGUUGUAACCAACUCUGUUUUUCUUAGAGAACUUUAGGGUGGUGUUUGGAUUUUGGAUUUGUGGAGAGUAAAGAAAAAGAAAAGGGAAAAGUGAAUCAAAUAUUUGUUUUCUUUCAUAAAUUCCUUUUCUUUUAUUUAUCCCUCUACAAAUUCCUUCGCAAAUCUAAGAUGCUAAAACAACAAAGUGAUCUAAUGUGAAGGAUAUUUUUAUUUUGUUGACAAAUAGAAGUUAUUAUUUCAGUAA